AUGCAGGAGUCUCCAGGUGUUGCCGGUGUGGACGGCAGCUAUGGCAGCAACGUGCCGGCGUUUCUCACCAAACUGUGGACGCUGGUAGAGGAUCCGGACACCAACCACCUCAUCUGCUGGAGCGCUACAGGAACGAGUUUCCAUGUGUUUGACCAGGGCCGCUUUGCCAAAGAGGUUCUGCCGAAAUACUUUAAACACAACAACAUGGCGAGCUUCGUUCGACAGCUCAACAUGUACGGUUUCCGUAAAGUGGUGAACAUCGAGCAAAGCGGCCUGGUGAAGCCUGAAAGAGACGAUACGGAGUUCCAGCACCUCUACUUCCUGCAGGGACACGAGCACAUGCUGGAGCACAUCAAGAGGAAGGUGUCCAUCGUGAAAAGCGAGGAGACUAAAGUCCGGCAGGAGGACCUCAGCAAGCUGCUGUACGAAGUUCAGCUUCUGAGGACGCAGCAGGACAACAUGGAGUGUCAGAUGCAGGACAUGAAGCAGCAGAAUGAGGUUCUGUGGAGAGAAGUGGUUUCACUGAGACAGAACCACACACAGCAACAGAAGGUCAUGAACAAGCUGAUCCAGUUUCUGUUCAGCCAGAUGCAGUCCAGCACACCCAGCGCUGUGGGCCUGAAGAGAAAACUGCCUCUGAUGUUGGAUGACGGCUCUCCCAGCCCUUCUCCACCCAAGUUCAGCCACAGCCAUCCCAUAGAGCCGGUGCAUGAAUCCUACUACAUCCACUCACCAUCCAGUGAUACUGCAUCUUGUUCAACGGAUGGACUGACAGGAGGACCGAUCAUUUCAGAUGUUACUGACAUGACUCAGGCCAGCAUGGCCAUUCAGAUGCAGUCUGCUGACAACAGGCAGAAAAGCAUGAUGCUCAUCAAAGAGGAGCCUGUCAGCCCAGGAGUUCGCGGUGGAGGGAAGGGAGAAGCUGCUGAUGGAGGAGAGGCGGCAGCCAUGACCUCCACCUGUCAGGUCUGCUCCUCUGAGCCCCCAGUCCUCCCGGUUGCCAUGGUGCAGUCUGUCCUGGAGGGGAGGGGCUCCGCAGCCUCCAUGGUGGAGAGGAGGAACAGGAGACCCGCCCUGGACCGAGCUGAGCUUCCAGAGUCGGUGGAGAACGUAGACAUGAGUCUGGAGGAGCUGCAGCAGUUGCUGCUCAGGAGCCACCAGCAGAGCGCCAUGGAAGCUGGAGCCGGCGCCGCAAUGGAUCCGUUCAGUUUAAGCCUUCCUCUGACUGAGUGGAACUUCACUGAGAUGGAAUCCAACCUGAAAUCUUACAUGUUCCAGAAUCAGGAAGCUGAGGCUUUUCCUGCAGCUAGCUGUGAGGAUCAGUGAGCCGCAGACUGUUGCAUUUAUCUGAACGGCCACACAAGCUGCUGUUCCGCUCAUUAUUCUACUCCACAGGAGUUUGAACUCACUGCCCUGCCAGGCUGUUUCCACGCUGCUUUAUUUCCAAUCUGUUCACAGAAGGACAUCUGCAAGGAAACGGACAAUGGGACAAUUUCCUAACUACUUCCUGGUUAGCUGGCUGCCAUGGAUUUGAUGUCCACAUCUGCAGUUAAGGAAACAACUUGUAAAAACUCAAUUUGACUCAUUUACAGCCAGAAGGCUUCUGCAUUUUAGUCUUUGUAUGAGUUCUAGGUUGUAGAUGUGAUUUUUUUUUUUCUCCCUGUAAAAAAUCUAUAAAAAUAUUUUCUAUUAUUUAACACAAGAAUCAUGGGGGUUAAUGUAGAAUAUUUCACAAACAAGUUUUCUUAGUCUGCUUAGAGGCUCCUCAACUCUUCCUCCUAUAGACGUGUUCACUGCAAAAACACAAAAUCUUACAAAAUAUUUUUGUUUGAAUUUCUAGUGCAAAUAUCUUAGUGCACUUGAAAUAAGACCAAACGAGCUGACAGGUAACCUUUGAGCAACAUAUUGUUUUAGUUGAAUAAUGUCUUAAUAUUAGGGAAAAGGUGAUGAGGAGAUUAUUUCACUUGUAACAUUGGAAAAAAGUCUUAUCAGUGAAGCUAAUAAUUUUCAUUAACAUUCAGGAAUUAUUGACUUAAAACAACUUCUUAUAUCUUUCUAAAAACGUUGCAUUAGUUAGUGUACCAAGAUAUUUGGAUAGAAAGUAGAGCAAAAAUACUUGGUAAGAUAUUUUUUAGUGGUGUUAGCCUUGUUGAUACUUCAAGCAAAAGUGUAAAUUUAAACCACACUGACUCAUUAAUAUUGAGUCAGUGUUUUAUUGAGGGUAAAAGAGAAACCAACACAAACAGCUCCCACUUUAAUGCAGACGAAGCCCCAAUGUGUUUGUCCAUCUACAUCCUCCCAACACACAACCAGAUGGUGAUGAUGAUGAUGAUGGAUGGACUGAAGUGCGUCACACUGGGGAGUUUAACCUACCUAUUUCAUAUGUCCUUGAAACUAUUUAUCAUGUAGCCAAAAAGUUAUAUUUUUUUGUUUUUACUUGUGAAACAAUGAAAAAGCAUAACCAGUUCUGCAUUUUGCACAAUCUGCAUCCCAACGUGGAGGGAACAUUGAGAUGAGGCCAUUAAAUUUCUGUUUUUAGAAGGCCGACACUUGGAGCUCAAUGAGAGUCGCUGCAGGAAAUGGAAACUAUUUGAGAUGCAAUGUUCAUCAAUGGGGCAGUAUUAUGUAGAAUUUACUUCUUUUAACUUUACAUCAUAUUCCUAAUGUUCCCUCAUCAAAUACAUACCUGGAGUGUUGUCUUGAAUCCUUCAUGAAUGUUUAAGGAAUCCUUGAAUCUCCAUGGCAACCAUUCAGCUGUGCAAAACAGCUGAAUGGUUGGAUGUAGCUCCGCCUUCAGGGCAAAGCUCCUCCUCAGGGCUUCAGAUUCCAAGCUUCCACCUCACAGAGCAGCUCUCCCUCACUCAGUUCCUUCAGACUAGCCAGCAACAAAUAGCAAACACCUGAUCAGCUCAGUAUACGAGCUACUUCUCAGUGAAACGCUGGUAAAAAUGUUGCUGAAGGGUUGAAAGAGGAGCCAUGUUGUGAUGACUUCCUUAAAGAGACAAAGGCCUCAUUUCAAGGUGGUAAAUUACAAAAUCAAAUCUCCUUAACUCAUAUUUGACACAUACAGGUUUUUUUUUAUAUAUAUAUAACAGCUGACGUUAACAGUUACUUGAUUAUGCUAUAAAAUGGCACUAGAUGCCUGAAAAAUACAUAAUCCAGUCCCUUUAAAACACAGAUGGAACAUAACCAGAUAAAUCCAGAUGUUUUUCCGCUGUGAGAUUAUCCCGUACAUGCUUUAAAAAUGUUGGAGUUUAUAUUUCUGAAUGGGAUUGUAUCUUAGAAUUUAAUCUGUAACAGAACUUUGCAUACCUGCUUGAAAAUGCUAUAAGAUUGAGAACAUUUUCCAAAGGUUUUUUUCUUAUUUUUGUGUAAUUUUAGUUUGUGCUCAGCAUUGGUUGCAGGCAACAACUAUGUGUGAUAAUGUGAUUAGGAGAAAGUAGCUGCAGAUAAGAUGAAUUGUGCAAUAUUGUACAGAACAGUGAGAAUACUGCAAUGCACAGAUGACCAUUGGAAUGUAGGACAUGAACAUGUAGAUGUGAGUUGUAGACUUGAGCAGACUACACUGAGAUGCACUGCUGAAGGAGAGAGUUGGCCUGUGAGUCUAAAAGCUGAGCUGGACAGAAGUUUUGAACAGUUGUUACAUUUCGGUGGAGUGAUAUCACAUCUUGCAGCUCGGCCACAAACUGCAGGCUUCCAUAACCGCCUAACCCAAAACCAUUCAGGCCAUAAUAUCAGCAGGUUUUGCCCUGAGUGUGACUGAAAAGCCUGCUGCAAGCAAGGAGUCAAAUAAGGCACAUAUUAGCUUUAGCUUUUAACUUUGUGUUGCUAUGCUUCCUCAAGUUUCCUCUGUUGAUCAAAAAAAUCUUUGCUGAAUCUUUGACUUAAUGCAACAUGUUGGUAUAAUUACAGCUGCAACUUGAGGGCAAUAUAAAGUAAAAUAAACUCCAAAGAAGCAGCUUACAGAGAUAAAAACUGAGCCGAGAUUCGGCUAAUUUGCCUAAACAUUUUACUGAACUCGCUAAUAAAAAUCUAAAUGUGACCUGCAAGGAAACUUUGCUUGUGGUUGAGCCUUCUUCUCUGUGAAUGCUUUAGAGUAAAUGAAAGAAAAGUGACCUGUGGUGUAAAAUAAGUGAAAUUGCACUAAAAAAUUAUAUUCUUAGACUUAGCAGGUGUUUUUGUUCCUCAUCAUAUGAGUGUAAAUGGAUUUUUCAAGGGAUGAUGAAUUGUACAUUCAGUUGCUGUUGUUCCUAAUUUAUUCUGUUUAAAUUUGAAUCAUUUGCACUGGCAGAGAAUGGAUGUGUGUUCAAAUGGCAUUUCUGCUUGUCGGGACUGCAGACAGAUAAGGACGUAUUUUUGUUUGGUGACUGAAAAGACAUCUGCUGUUAACAAAGCCUGGCAUCCCAAAAGCACCUCUGCACUGUGAACGCUCAUGAAUAAAUUUACAUACAAAUUCACAGCACUUCUGCAUUAGCAGAAGAUAAUAGAAAGCAAACAUGCACUGUCAGUGGAAGACAAGGAUGAUCUCAGUGCUUAGAUGCUUUUGAAAGUGGGCCACAACUUGCUUAAAAUAUGAACAUUUAAAGGGAUUUUUUCUUCUUCUUUUUGCAAAGACUAAAGUGUAUUGUUACAAAUACUGAACAUGUAUUCCACCUGCAUAUGAACAACGGUC